AUGAAAUACUUCCAUCAAUAUUGUACUGAGAAUUUAUUAGAAUGCUCACUUGUAAAAUUUAAUAAAACUCGUCUUAAUUGUAUUGAAAAGAAUGUAGCAUAUGAAGAAAAAUAUUUAAAUAAAAAAAAACACUUUGAAAGUCUGUUAGAUUUAAAAUUCUGCACCAUAAAAAGUAGAAAUAUAUUUAUCAAGACAAAAGGAUGUGAUGAUAAUUUUAGAGACAAAGGAAAAUAUGAUGAUCCCUUAUGUGAUCUUUCUAAUGAUAAUUUAAUUGAUAAUAAUAGAAAAAAAUAUAAUAAUAUAAAUAAAAAUGAAGACAUUUUAAAUAAUAAGAAUAAUGGUUUAUUAAAAAAUGAUGUGGAAUAUUCUGUGUAUUUUAUAUCAAGACAAUGGAGCGAAAAAUAUAUGGAGGAUGAUUUUUUAGAAUACUCAAAAAAGAAUGACAAUGAGAAAAUAUGUGUUUUUAAAAGUUAUGUAAUAAUAGGAAAACAUACUCAUAGAAAUUCUAUAUGCUUAUAUGAAGAAAUCAUUGUUGAAAUAUUAAAUUAUAAUGUAGAUGUUGAUGGAGUUUUUGUUCAGAUACAUGUUAAUAAAAAUCAGAAAAAAAUAUUUUUAUUAUCAACCAAAGAAUGUGUUUUAAUUUAUUAUAAAGAUUUCGAAAGAGAAAAGAAAAAAUGUGAAAUGGAAAAAUUAAAAAGAAAGGAUAUGUUCAUAAAUGAUAAAAUAAAUAUAAAAAACAAAAAAAAAAAAUUUAAAAUAAAUCCAAUUAAAGGUUAUCUUAUUUUACAUAAUAAAAAUUUUUAUGUAUCUCCUAAAAGAAAAAUUAUUAAAGCAGAAUGGUUUAAUAAAUCAAAUAAUAUUAUAGCUUUAUUAACAUAUGAGAAAUAUUGUUUAUAUGAAUCUUAUAGUUUUAAUUUUAGAUCAGUCUUUAGAUUAAUUAAUAUAAAUAAUAUACCUUUUGAAGAAGUUAAAAUUAUUUUGCCAGAUAUGGAUAUACUUCAAAGUAAAAUUAGCGGCAAUUUUGAUUCUUUAAAAGAAAAAAUGAAUAUAUAUAAUAAAAGGGAAGAUAUAAAUAAAAGCAAAAAUAAAGAGCAACACAAUAAUACGCUUACACCAUUUGACAAGUCAGAUGAUUGUAAGGAUAUUAAGAAAGUUCGUCUGGAUGUUUCCAAAAAUUAUAUAAGUAAUGAUAAUACAAAGGAUAGUGAAUAUGUCGACAAUUUUGAUUAUUCUGCUAAUGAAACUCCUAAUUCUUUAUCAAAGACGGAUGAAGGGGGGGGAGAAAAAAAAAAAAAAAAAAAAAUUACUGAUGAUAUAAUAUCAGAAAAUAAUAAAACAAAUCAAAAAGAUGAAUAUAAAAAUAAUUUGUAUAAUUAUAAUUUUUCCAAGAUAAACAAAAUGACAGAUACAGUAGAAUCUUAUGAAUAUAACUUAGAUUUAAAAGAAGAAAAGAAAAAAAAAAAAAAUAAUAAUAAUUAUGAUUCUAAAAAUAAUUCCAGCGAAUAUGCUGAAACAUCAAAUUAUUCUUCCUCAUAUGAUAUUUUAAAAGAAAGAAAAAAAAAAAAACAAAUAGAAAUAAAUGGCAAUAUGAAUGAAGGAUUUGAUUCUAUUAUAAAUUAUUAUAAUGAUGAUAUAACAAAUAAUAAUACAAAAGAAAAUGAUAUCCUUUCUGAUGAUUUACAGAAUAAUGAAAAGAGAUAUUUAUUAAAAAAAAUGAAAUAUAAAAAUUUAGUAGUAGAUUUUUCAUUUGGAAUAACUAACGAACAAAUAUUAUGGAUUGAAACAUGUUUGUUUUUAUUAUAUGAAAAUGGAAUUAUUUUAGUAUAUACACCUGUACUUUCAAAAAGAUGUUAUAUAAGUUAUUAUUUAUUAAACGAAAUAAAUGAAAUUAAAAACAAGAGAGAUAUGAUAAUAAAAGAAGAUCCAAAUUAUGAAGAAAGAAAUAAUAAAAAGAAUAAAAUUACUGGUGAUAAUAAUAUUAAUAUAUUUAAUAAUCAAUAUGUAGAAGAUUUUUUAGAACAUUUUGACUACUUUAAAUAUUGUAGUGUAGAAAAAUAUAAAAGUUUUUACGUUUAUAUGAAUUUCUUUGACACAAAGAAGAAAAACCAAAAUAAAAAUAAAAAUCAAAAUCAAAAUCAAAAUCAAAAUCAAAAUCAAAACCAAAACUUAAACAACAACAUAAUUAAUGAAUCUAUUAUAUUGGAUAAUGAAAUAAAUUCCCCAAAAAAUACAUCAAAAAAUAAUUCCUUUCAAUAUGCUCCUUAUAUUAUAAAUUGUUUAAAAACUUCCUUGUAUAGUAGUAUAAAUUUAAUAUAUUAUAAUAAUUUAAUUAUUGUAUGUGUAUGUGAUAAAUAUGGAUAUAUUUCCUUUUUUUUAUUAAAUUAUUUUUUAACACCAUUUCUUAUAUCAUUAAAUAAAUAUAAAAAAGAAGAGAACAAACUCUUUUCCUUAUCUUUUGCUAAGACAAAAAAAAAAAAAGAACCUUUCUAUUUUAAUAUCUUUAAUAUUAAUCAAAAUGUUGCCUUACAAAAAAUGACAUUACCUAAUAUGAUGAAUCUGAUUAAUAAAGAAAAGUAUGAUGAAUAUUAUGACAAGUUAAAGAAUAAACUUACUCUUAAAAAUAUACUACCCAAAGAUCCAAAACAAAAUGGAAUAGUUAAACGUAUGUAUGAACGAUUAAUGAUAAAAAAAAAAAAAAAAAAAAAUUCGCUAUCAUCAAAGGGUGGUAAUGGUAUAUCAUUAAAUGGUGGUAAUGGUAUAUCAUUAAAUGGGGAUAAUGGUAUAUCAUCAUAUGAAGAUAAUUAUAUUUUAUCAAAUGAAGAUAAUUAUAUUUUAUCAGAUAAGACAAAAAAGAAAACAACAAAUUAUAUAAAAAGUAUUCCAGAUAACAGUGAAGUUGAGAAAUAUAAUAGUUCCAGUGAAAACAAUGUGAAAAAUAAUAAAUUAGAAAAAUCAAAACAAUUUAAAGUAAAAUUUGAGGAUGAUAAUAAAAGAGAAUAUUUUAAAAAUGAGAUAGAAGAAAAUAUAAAAGGUUAUAAAAAUCAACAUGUAGAAUAUUACAGAUUGGAUGAAAAUGAAUCAAAUGAAGAAUAUAGUAAAUAUGAUAGAAAAAAAAAGAUUCAUGAAAAAAAAAAUUCCAAAAAUAAAAAUAAAAAUAAAACCGAAGUAAUAAAAAGAAAAGAAAGAAUGAAUAACAUAAAAAAUAUAAAAACACGAGAAAACGAAAAUGAAGUUAUAAACCAAGUUGAAGAAGAUAUAUAUUUAUCAUGUUAUGAAGAUAUAAAUGAUAUGUAUAAUAUAAAUGAUUAUAUAUAUAAUGAUAUUAAUAUGGAAUAUCGUUUGUUGAAUAUAUUAUUUUUUGAUUCAUUUUAUACAGGUAUGAAUAAUAUAAAAUCAAUAGUUUUAUCUAAUAAUAGUUUAUUAUGUUUUAAUAAUAAUAAAGUUAUAGUAUUAAAUUUAAUAUGGUUAAAAUUCUUGAAUGUGAUUUUUUAUUUAUUAUAUGUAAAAAAUUAUUUAUGUGCAAAAUUAGUACAUGAAAUAUGUAAAACUGGAUUAUAUAUGAAGACAUCUAUAUUCAAAUCUAUAAUAAAUUUUUAUGAAUUUGAUUAUUAUAAUUAUCUAUUAUUAGAUUUUACUAAAAAAUUAUGUUAUCAUAAUUUUUCCAAAUUGUUUAAAGUAGAUCAAAAGGUUUUAUUACAUUUUCACAAGCAAGUUAAGAAAGCACAAAAUUAUAAAAAUUAUAAAAAUUAUAAAAAUUAUGAAAAUAAAAAUAUAUACACAAGCAUCAAUUAUCAUAAUAAUAAUAAUAAUAAUAAUAAUUAUUCCAUCAUUAAUAAACAAAAAAAUGAACAUUUUGAUUUAUUCCAAUCUGAAGUCUUAUAUAAUGUACAAUAUAUUUUAUUCCCCAUAAUUGUUGAAAACGAAUAUAAUAUCCUUUCUAAUAAUAAAAAUGAAGUUUAUUUUAUUUUUAGUCAUUAUAUAAAUACAGAAUGUCAAAGAAAAUAUGAAUUAUUUAUGAAAGAUUAUAUUAAUUUCUUUACGUGCUCAAUUAAUAAAAAUUUAUAUCUUGUAUAUGAUUGUUUCAAAUUAAAUAUUAUUAAAAAUAAUGAACAAAUUAAAAAAAAACAUAUUAAAACACAUAUACAUUUUAUACAGAAAAAAAAAAAAAUACAUAAGCCAUUCUGUUUAUUAUCACAAAAUAUCAACCCAAGAAAUUUUAUUAUUAAUACUACUAUAGUAAAUGAUGAUACUUUAGAUAUUUCUCUAUAUAAAUUAUUAUUUUCAUUUUUUAUGAAUUUAGGUGCAAUCGAUAGUAAUAUAGAAUUAAUAAAAAAAAACCUUAUAUAUUUUACAGGCAGAUGUAAUAUAUCUGAUAUUCUAAUUUUUAAAUAUUUUUACAAACAUCAUAAUAUAAAUUAUAAAUCAUUAAAAAAUAAACAUAACAAUACAAAAUUUCACAACAAAUAUAUUACAAAUUAUGAACACUCUUUUAAUAGUGAAUCAAAUCAAAGUGAUACUCAUAAUGACAAUAAUGAUCUAUAUGGACAAUAUAUAAACCAUAAAUAUAUUAACAAACAAAAUAGUAAAGAUAAUUCACAAAUAAAUAAUAAUUCUUCACAAAAUUUAUAUUACGAUCACAAAAUUUUAAACAAAGUAAACCAUAAUAAGAAUUUAAUAAAUGAAUAUGAAAAUAUAUAUAACAAAUCGAAUACAAUAUAUACCCUUUCUUCUAUAGAAUUCAUAAAAUUCAUAUUUUUAUUAUUAGAUAAAAAUUAUUCUACCAACAAUAAUAUAUUCUUUAAAAAAACAUAUAACAAUAAAGUAGAUAAUAAUUUGUUAUUAAAUUAUAAUUUACCAAAAAAAGAUGAUCAAUUAAAUCCAGAAAUCAUCAUGAAUGAUAUCAAAACUUUUAUAAUAAAUAGUGAUACAAAAAAACAUGAAAAUUCAGAUUGUAUUAUUUUAAUAAAAAAAUUAAUCAAAAUAAAAAAUAAUUAUAUAGAUGUUAAAGAUUACUAUAUAAAGAAAUAUAAUAUUAAUAUCAAUAAAUCGUCCAAACAAAUUAAUGACAUCCAAUAUUUAGAAAAUAUAUUAAAAACAUACUACUUUUUUCAUAGUCUUAAUACUUAUUAUGAAAAGAAAUUUAAAAAAAUAAAAAAUAAAAUUAUUCAUCUUAUAGCUUUAAAAAUUAUCAAUUUUAUUAAAACACACACAAGUAUACAGACUGUAAGUAAAAAUUUAGUUGAUAAAAAUUCAUCUCUUUUAAAAGAUAUGCAAUUGUGUUAUGAUAACCAAGACUUAAUCAGAAAAAAAUUUUACUUGAUAAAGAAGAAGAUCAUAAUGCAUAACCUUUUAAUUUCACAGCAAGUAAGAAGCACAUGCAUACCAGCAAAAUAA